GCAUUGAAAAGUGUUUGAUACUAUAUUUUAAAUAAAUAUUUCAUACAUAAAUAAAUAAAUAAAUAUAUAUAUAUAUAUACUUAUAUAUCUGCAUCUUUAUAUUCAUAACACAGUUACAGGCAGCAUCGUCUACAAACAUGGAGAAACGAACCGAGGGUAUCACUGAUGACCACCGGAAGUUUGUCUUCUCAUUUAUUCGCAUGCUGCAAAAGGUUAAGGUCGAUGACGUCGAGCGUUGCGAAGCUAUCGUGCAAAUGCUAGGCGAGGAAUUCAAGGUGGAUCCCGCUGGCGUGGGUGGCUCACACGAUACUGAAGUAGAUGCACUGGGCAUGUUUAAAAGCGCUCUUCGUGAGCAUGAAAACCAAGCAGGGUUGGAACAGGAUGAAAAGUUUAAGGCUUUUAUUUCUCUCUUGGAGAAGAAAGAUUAUUUUAAGGGACUCAAUUCCGGCACUCCCGAGUACGAACAGCGCUUCGAAAAAGCUCGCGAAAAGUUCAAUCAGCGGAACAAUCCAUACAGUGGCCUCACCGCCGAGCAAAUUAAGAAUAAGGGCAACGAGUUCAUGGGUCAGGCGAAGUACAAGGAGGCGAUUGCGUACUACACCAAGGCCAUCGAACUGGAACCGGAGAAUGCGAUUUUCUUCGCCAACCGUGCCGCCGCGCAUACCCACCUUAAAGACUACAGCAGUGCUAUUAUCGACUGCGAGCAUGCGAUCGUGAUUAACCCGAACUACUCGAAGUCUUUCUCCCGUCUGGGCACCGCGCUUUUUUACCAAGAAAACUACACCCGCGCGGCGGAUGCCUUCAGCAAGGCCUGCGAGCUGGACCCCGCGAACGAGAUCUACAAGGAGGACCUAAAGCGGGCGAAGGACAAGGCUGCUAGCGGAGGAGCGGCGGUGUCACGGAAUAGCGGGGGAAGCCUCCCCGGCUUUGGCGGGAUGCCAGACCUAAGCCAGUUCGCGAAUAUGAUGAACAACCCGCAGUUCUUGGAGACAGCGCAGAACAUGAUGCAGAACCCCGAGUUCAGCAACCUCGUUGCAAGCAUGGCGAGCCGGUUCGGCCAGAGCGGGUUCAACCCGGCGGAGAUGCAGCGGCUCGGGGCGGAGUCCGGGAUGGGGAUGGGGAUGCGCGAGGUGGAUGACGAAGGAAACCUCAUCACCCCUUUUGGAAAGGUCACACAGAGUGCAAUAGCGAAAUUGCAGGAGGAUGCAGUUCGAAAGAACCCUAAACUCGCUUCUAUCAUGGCGGAUGUACAGUCCAAUGGGUACAGUGCCUUUCAAAAGUACCUUGGCGACCCGGAUGUGAUGGACUUAAUGCUAAAAUUUCAGAACUUGGUGUUCUCUAGCAAUUCAAAUGAGGCGUAAUAAAAAAUGGUACAGUUUAUUUUUCAAUAUUUUAUUGCCUUUGUGAUUUGGCACUAGGAAAUUCAAGGAGAAUAGUAUAACCUCAUACAUUAUUGUUUAUACUCCUAUUAUUAACAUUAAAUUAAUGUAUAACGUGAAAAGAUUUAUUCAUUUAUAUCUAUAUAUAUAGAUAUAGAUAUAAAUUUUAAAGUUUACAAUUAUAUCAGUGUCAAAAUUU